AUGAGCAGUCCUGAAGACCCUAAGCCCGACACUGUUGUCGUGGCUAACCACGAUACCGGGAUGGACCCUUUCCUGGUCGCUCAAGCUCAGCAAGCCGCGGCCAAGGAAAAGGCCAUGCCGCUGAAGCAAGCUGUGCCAAUCUUCUGGCGCGGCAUGUUUUGGUCUGGUAUCCUCUCUGUCGCUUUGGUCAUGGAGGGGUUUGAUGUCGUUCAGCUCGGUGCCUUCUACGCUCAGCCUGCUUUCCAGAAGCACUUUGGCGAACCUACCUCGAGCGGUUCGGGUUACUACAUCCCUGCCAACUGGCAGUCGGCUAUCGGCAACUCGGGUACCGCUGGCACCGUGCUAGGCCUCAUCUUCAAUGCUUGGGCUCAGUACCGCUACGGUUCUAAAUGGGUGUAUGUGGGAGCGAUGACCCUCCUCAUCGGCGCACUCGCCUUCACACCUUUCGCUCCCUCUCUUACCGUCAUUCUUAUUGGCAGCAUCUUUAUUGGUUUCCUCAAUGGCAUUUUCCAGACUCUCACAACAGCUUACGCGGCUGAACUGUGUCCCAUGGUGGUCCGCCCGUACCUCACCUCCUGGGUCAACGUUUGCUGGACCCUCGGAGCCUUGCUCGGAUCGGCGACCCAAAACGCUACUCUCAACUUCCCCGGCGACAGCGCAUGGAAGACUCCUCUGUAUCUCCAGUGGAUCUGGCCCGGUCCCUUGAUCGUGGCCGCCAUUUUCGCACCGGAAAGCCCCUGGCACCUCACGCGUACUGGCCAGAUCGAUGAGGCCAAGAAGUCCAUUAGUCGACUCGCAUACCCUGGCUACUACUCAGAGGACGACCUCACAGCACAGGUGGCGCUCAUGCAGCACACCCUUGCAAUCGAGGCCCUCGAGCACAAGGACCAGAGCUUCCUCAACUGCUUCAAGGGAACCAACCUUCGUCGCACUGAGAUUGUGGCGGCUGUGUUUGCCGUCCAGCAGUGGUGUGGCCAGCCAAUGACCAGUCUCUCGACCCAGCUCCUCACCUCAGUCGGCCUGAGCGUCACCAACUCGUUCCGAAUUUCCCUUGCUACCUACGGAAUGGGCCUUCUGGGCACCCUUCUCAUGUGGGGUGGCAUUGGACGGUUCGGUCGUCGUCGCAUCUACCUCGUCGGACAAGCCGGGAUGGCAAUCGUUCUCGGUGUCAUGGGCAUUCUUGGUUUCUUCAAGACCACCGCCAUCGUUUACACCACCAGUGCCAUGCUCAUCUUCAUGAACUUUAUCUUCCAGUGUACGGUCGGCCCGGCGUGCUAUACAUAUGUGGCGGAACUGCCGGCGGCCGAAGUCCGCUCGCCCACCAUCGUCGUCGCUCGUGGCGCAUACAUCCUGUCCGGACUGGUUACCGGCCAGCUGACUCCGCGCAUGCUGUCCACUGAGGAGUGGGACUGGGGAGCCAAGUGUGGUCUAUUCUGGAUGGGCACCAACAUCCUCGGCCUCAUCUACUGCUACUUCCGUAUGCCAGAGACAAGGGGCAGGACUUUUGGCGAGCUGGACAUUCUCUUCUCCAACCAUGUGCCGGCCCGGAAGUUUGCCUCCACCAAUGUCGAGGAGUUUGAAGAACUCAACGACCCUAUGGGGGAGAAGGAGAAAGAGACGGGUGAAGUACAGCAUGUUGAGGCCUUGGCCUCAUAG